GUGAAGUGUACGGCUCCGUCGCGUCACGCCUGUGAUCAUAAAAGACCCGCGGCGCUCGUCUCCGUCCGGCAGUGCGCUUCCUCCGGUGCUCGUCCGCUCUUAGACGCGUCCCACGGAAUAAACACUCGCUCUCGGGCUCUGCUGCGGAGCGCCGCGCGAUGCGACGGACCCACUAACUCUGCCCUGUCCAGCAAAGAGACGUGAACCGAAUCGCCGUUUCGGUACAAUGUGGGCGUGAAGAGGAGCGUCACGAGAGCGCGAGUCUCGAGGUGGAUAACUUCAACUUCGUACGGCGUGAGAACCCACCGGAGAACCGAAGCUCUUCAAGCCGCAGCUAUGGUGAACAGCCAGGUCUCAGGCGGCGUGUGUGCGUCCAGGUCGUGCGCAGGCUGCGGGGGUCGAAUCGCCGACCGCUUCCUGCUCUUCUCCAUGGAGCGCUACUGGCACACGCGCUGCCUCAAGUGCUCGUGCUGUCAGGCUCAGCUGGGAGAGAUCGGGACCACCUGCUACAGCAAGGGAGGCAUGAUCCUGUGCAGAACAGACUACAUCAGGCUGUUUGGGCACACGGGGGCUUGCAGUGCAUGUGGUCAGUCCAUUCCUGCCAGUGAAAUGGUCAUGCGGGCACAGGGAAACGUCUACCACCUAAAGUGCUUCUCUUGUGCAACGUGCAGAAACCAGUUGGUCCCCGGGGACCGAUUCCACUACGUAAACGGCACCAUAUUUUGUGAACACGACCGGCCAGGAUCCGCGCUCCUUAAUACUCACCUGCAGAGCAACCCAGUGCUACCGGACCAGAAAGUUUGCUGAAGGACUCGCGGUCUUCUUCGCCCCUUCCCAUUCUCCUCUCUGUGUUUACCCUCCAGUGUCCUUCUCAUCACAGCUCUUCACUCAGACAUCCUCCAGACACUCCUCCUUUUUGACGCACUUAUGUUUUUAAAUGAAAAAGUAUCUUUGAGCGGGGGAACGAGUUUGGGCUGAGAGCGAUGGAAGCAUUUCUUUAUAUCUGACUUCGUAUCAAGCUGUGGUGGAUUCUGCAGUAUCUCUCUUUGUGGGUUCCCUGAAAACAGAAGUGACUUCUAUUUUCUCACAGGAUAUCCUGCCUCUCUCACAUCUAACCUCAGAGAGGAGGCUUCGUCUGAAAGCAAUGUAUGCUUUUUCGAGUCGAGAAACUGCUUUCACAACACAUUUUUGACAUAUAUCCAGUUUAGAAAGGAUAUUUAAUCAUGAGCAAAUGCAUCGAGAAUUGUUUGGGACUUGAGUCCAUUACAUAACAGAGACUGAUGACUUUUUUUUUGUUUGAAGUGAUGGUAAACCGUGCACUCUAAAGAUGCGGCCACAGCGAAUUUAAGCAGUUUUGCUGUAUAAAAAUAUGCCCGUUGUCAAUACUGUAGCGGUGUAUUAACACAGCAAGCACUCACAAAUCAGUUUCAAACCCUUUCCAAUUGUGUUGAAUUUUCGAGAGCAAUUUGAGCAUAAGCAAGUUCGUGUAGAAACGCUAGCCGCGUUUCCAUUACCAUUCAAAUUGCGCAAAUUACAAUUGUGAAAUGUUUACUUGUUUACCUCCUUUCCAUACAGUUUACUUUGCUUAUGGCCACUCGGCUGAUGCUUGUGUUUAUUUCAGCAACGGCAGGCAGUUUUCUGAAGUAUCUUUCCAUGCUGCUUCUGUAAAGAUACACUCAUACGCCUCCUUUUGAAAUAAAUGCAUCAAAUCUCACCAAAAACUGUUGCCAUGACUUAUCACGAAAGGCGAAAGGGUUACGUUUCAGUCACAUAACACUGGUUAAUGGGAACGCCAUCAUUUCUCAAUACUUACUUAACAACAUUUAUAAAAUAUCGCUAAAAUGUUGCGGAAAUCUGUAAUGGAAGCGCUGCUAGUUUCGACCUCAUGCAAAGUUGUAACCUAUUGACCCUUCGCCAAGAACUGAUUUGACAGGCGAUCCAGCCGGUCAUAAUGCUGAAUCUUCCAACAUAUCAGUAGAUUAACUUCUGCAGUCUCAAAUUAAAAAAAAGGCUUGUACUGACAUCUAAAUAAAACACGUCCUGAUGGUCAUUCAUGUAUUAUAUGACGCUUUAAAAGGUAUCAAAAGAGGUCUUUUAAAGACAUAGCAGUAGUAACUAAGGGGGGCAGGCUUUUGCAAAGGGCCAAAUUCCAAACAACCACAAAUUUGCACCAAGAAAUAAAUGUGACACACUUUAACACCAGAAAAGUGCAUUUAGAAAGUAAACGGGGUUUGUUGCGAUUUUUUUACAUUUUUUUUUAUGCUGACUAAUGUCAAAAACACAUCUUUCGGACAUCGUUCAGGGCGUAGAAUUGUAAAUAUGUUUUUAUACCAGUACUCUCUGUAAGAAUUGUUGAAUUAUCUGCUCAACAUGUGAUGUCUAUUUAAGGUGCAAUUAUCUAAUAAAUGGGAAAUACAACAACCCAGCCGCCAA